CCGGGGCCGGGGCGGUGGCUCCCGCGCCCGGCCGGCCGGCCCGCCCCCUGGCUGCUCGGCCCGGCGGUGCUCCUGCCGCCGUCUCCCGCCGGCGCUCCCCGCCCCUCGCCCCUCGCCGUCGCCCCGCCUGGCGGAUGGCCGGAGCGCGGGGCCGGGGCGGCUGCCUGCGGCGUCCGCUGCGGCGGCCGGGGCCGGGGGCCGGCACAGCCGGGCAGAGGCGCGCACAGCCGCGCGGGGCGCCCGUCGCCAUGGCAGCGCUUGCUCCGGCGAGAGUGAACCUCAUGCCCUGAAUCUCCAAGGGAACCUUUGAAAAGGAUUUUCCCCUCCCCACCAUCUCCUUAUUGUUUGCCAGCUCUGCCCUGCGCUGUGCAGGAAAGCUUGAAAGAGCAGGCUGAGCCCUGGAGGACAGCAAAAAGGACAAUGUAGUGAGGGUGCCAUGAGGUCUUGAAUACAGAACCCUCUGAAUCUUGUUCCUCGCUCUUCACUCUCUGUUGAUAGCUCUCUGACAGCCUUGGCAGGAACCUCUACCUGGCCACAAGCGUGGCAUUUGGUGAGAGGGGGAUUAUACACGGUGUAUGCGCCACCCUCACCGUUUCCGCAGGACCUUUGUCCUGCCUCCUGUCAUCUCUGAAACUCUUGGCUAGCUCCUCAUUCACUAGGACGCUGGGCAGCAGGCACUUGCUACUACCAAACUGUUUGGAGUCCCCAGCAGUCCCUGUUUGCGUGUGGCCUUCACCAGUCCCAGCAGAAGGUGGUCCCUGAGACCGAAGGUGCCUGGUGGGCACAUGAAGUAAGGAGAGCUUUUUCUUUGGGGGAAGAGUGGAGGAGGGGGAUGAAAUAGAUGGGGAGGAAAAAAAAAAGUGAGCCCAAGCGAGUGAGGGAAGCAGCACUGGCAAGCGUUCAUGAGAAAGAGAGACAAAGAAGGUGGAAGAAAGAAAAAGAAAGAGAACAAGGGGAAAAACAGGUGAAGAAGUUAGAACAAAGGAAAGAAAUAUAAUCAAACAGAAGGGAAAGGGAGGACUGACAGUGAGACAGAAUUGCUGGCUGUUCCGCCUAGCACCUGGUGGCAAUGCCUUGAGGAACCCCUCCAGUGUGCAUACACCUCGCAUCACAGCAGCAACAGCAGCAGCAGAUGAAGAGGGACGUGGCCCCCCCAGCGCGGAGUCCCACUUGCCCUCUUAAAAAAUCCCAGUGGCAGGGACAGGGUGCAGCCUAGCAGGGGUGGCAGCAUGGGGGACUCUGAAUCAGAGUCCACCUUGCACAACAACUCACUGUGGUGGCUGGCAUGUGGGAUGUUAGCCCUGUUGGCCAACUCUUGGAUUAUCCUCAGCAUCACGGCCAAACAACAGAAACACAAGCCCCUGGAGCUACUGCUGUGCUUCCUUGCUGGGACCCACAUCCUUAUGGCAGCAGUACCCCUCACCACCUAUGCCGUGGUGCAGCUGCGGCGCGAGUCCUCCGACUACGACUGGAACGAAAGCAUCUGCAAGGUUUUUGUCUCCACAUACUACACCCUGGCCCUGGCCACCUGCUUCACAGUGGCUUCCCUUUCCUACCACCGGAUGUGGAUGGUGAGAUGGCCAGUCAACUACCGGCUGAGCAACGCCAAGAAGCAGGCUCUGCACGCAGUCAUGGGUAUCUGGAUGGUAUCAUUCAUCCUCUCCACCCUGCCCUCCAUCGGCUGGCACAACAACGGCGAGCGCUACUAUGCUCGUGGCUGCCAGUUCAUUGUCAGCAAGAUAGGGCUGGGUUUUGGUGUCUGCUUUAGCCUCCUGCUGCUCGGAGGAAUUGUCAUGGGCUUGGUGUGUGUGGGUAUCACUUUCUACCAGACCCUGUGGGCACACAGAAGACGCCGGCGGUGCCGCCAUCAGAGGGCAGAGGAAGCGUCAUCCUGCUCUUCAUCAGCACACACCACUUUCAAUGUGCCGGCCAUUGUAGUGGAGGAUGUACGAGGCAAAAGGAGGUCUUCACUGGAUGGCUCUGAGUCAGCCAAGACCUCCUUGCAGAUGACCAACCUCAUCAGCGCCAUUGUCUUCCUGUAUGACACUCUCACUGGGGUGCCUAUCUUGGUCGUGAGCUUUUUUAGCCUGCGCUAUGAUACAGCCCCCACCUGGAUGGUCCUGGCUGUGCUCUGGUGCUCCAUGGUGCAGACUCUGCUGCUCCCCUCCUUUAUUUGGUCCUGCGAGCGCUACCGAGCAGAUCUCCGCACCGUGUGGGAGCAGUGUGUGGCUAUCAUGUCUGAGGAAGACGGAGAUGAUGCAGAUGGUGUGUGUGAUGAUUAUGGUGACAGCAGGAUCUGCAAAGUGAGAUUUGAUGCAAACGGUGCUGCAGCUGUGAAGCGGGACUCCCGGGACAUCAAGCUGCUACCCAUGCACCACAUGUUGUUGCCCCAGGACAAGGUGCACUACCUACAGGUCCCUAUCUCCCGGAGAAUGUCACAUGAUGAGACUAACAUCUUCUCUGCCCACCGCUCCGCUCCAUCCUUCCUACACAAGUGGUCUUCAUCUGACGACAUCCGCAUUUCCACCCCCCGCAAGCCUGGCGGCCCCAGCUUCUUGCCUCCUCAGCUGCAUGACUACCAGCACCGCCGACGGCCCCCAGAAGAUGAGCUGACAACCCUGCGGCAGUUUUUGGAGGGGGGGCUGAUGCCGCGGGGCUCCAGCUCCAGUGCCUGCUUCUUCCGAGAUGAGAUCACCACGUUCAUCGACGAGACACCGCAACCCACCCCAGCUUGCAGCCCACGGCACUCCCGUCUCCUGCUCGCAUCGCGCCGCGAUCGCCGCCUCUCCCUUGGCAGCAGAGAGGAGAACGCUGACCGGCCACGGCGCUGCUCUCUGGCUGGCAAUGAAGCCUGGCAUCUGCAGGACGGAGAGCAGGUGCCGUGUGAAAGGACCCUUGAGGCCUGCGAGGCACAGACCUUUCAAGAUCCCAAACUAUGAGAGACAGCAUCAAAAACAUUCAGUGCCAUCACGAUUUUUAAAUAAAACUUCAAGUGUUCCCUUUGUCCUGGGACCCGAUCACUAAUUUGCAUUCUCAUCUUUCUCGCCAGCAGGCAGGAAACACGGCGCCCCGCACUGGUGGGGAAAAAAGAAGUGGGACAGAUCCUCAGAAGGCAGCACAACGGAUGGAUGGACAGCCUGUGCCUGCUCUCAGGUUACAAACACACCCACCGCUGCCACCACCACUUGGCACUCUCGCCAGUCCUGUCCCUUUGUGAACUCCACCCUUGCAUCCGCUCUGCCCUAAGAGAUGAGGCAGGCACAGAAUGGUAUUAAAAUUCUAUAUUUGGAGUGU